UAUACGGAAUCUUUGGUUGAUCCCAAAUGCUCGCAUAUAAAGCCUGGGGUAUCGUACCUGUGGCAACACGUUCUUUGAAAUCUCGACCAUCCCUCCUUUCAAGAACUUUUUCAACCUCUUAUAUUAUGAACAAAGAACGAGUUUGUAUCAUAGGCUCCGGUAACUGGGGAUCCGCUGUAGGCAAGAUCAUUGGCCAGAAUGUAUUAAACUUUCCCGAUCUGUUCGAACCUCAGGUCAAUCAGUGGGUGUUUGAGGAGACCUACAAAGGCGAAAAGCUCACAGCUAUCAUCAACCGUGAGCAUGAAAAUGUAAAAUACCUGCCUGGAAUCAAAUUUGGGGACAAUAUCAAAGCUAUUCCAGACAUUGUCGACGCUUGCAGUGGUGCUACAGUGCUUGUUUUUGUUCUUCCUCAUCAGUUUGUUCGUGGGGUGUGCGAAAAGAUAAAGGGGAGCAUUUCGCCUAAUGCUCGGGGUAUCUCCCUUAUCAAAGGUCUCGACAUCUCACCAGAAGGCAUUACACUAUUCUCACAAGAAAUUUCUCGUAUGCUGGAUAUUGAAAUGGCAGCUUUAUCGGGAGCGAAUAUUGCAGACGAAGUGGCUAACGAGAAAUUCUGCGAAACUACCAUCGGUUCCACUUCACCCGAAAAUGGCGACCUUUUCUUCAAACUCUUCCAUACCCCUUACUUCCGCGUUAACGUCAUUCGUGAUCAUGUUGGUGUCGAGCUUUGUGGCGCAUUGAAGAACAUCGUCGCCGUUGCUGCUGGGUUCACCGAUGGCCUCAAAUACGGAAGCAAUACCAAAGCUGCUAUCAUUAGACGCGGCUUGAUGGAGAUGCGUAAAUUCGGAAAGACUUUCUUUUCAACUGUCGAAUCUGAGACUUUCUUUGAAUCAUGCGGUGUUGCUGAUUUGAUCACCACAUGCUCUGGCGGCCGCAACCGCAAAGUCGCUGAAGCCUAUGUCACAAGUGGAAAGCCUAUAGAAGUAUUAGAGCGCGAACUAUUGAACGGCCAGAAACUUCAAGGUACCCUGACCGCUCAGGAAGUUCACGAAUUUCUGCUUGCUCGCAAAAUGGUGGAUGAGUUCCCGUUGUUCACUACCGUUUACAAUAUUUGCUAUGAGGGUGCCCAUCCAGAAACCAUUGUUCACGAUAUCUAAGCAUACUAAUCGCAUUCUCAUCUCAUGCCGACUGUACAUACCUCUACGCAUUCAUACUCAAUAGACAUUAUAUGAGCAAAUAAACUAGUCUACAUGUGCAUGUGUACCUUUGGGGAAGCGAUUAU